UAGUUGAAUUUUAUUAGUAAAAAAUAAUAGUUGAUUUUUAUUUUGCUUUACCGUUUUCCAAAAUAGAUUGCGAGUGGUACCCACAAGUUUCUCUCGUCUCUCUUGAUGUCGUCUUCCGAAUCAGGCCGUAGAGUGAGUAGCUGUCGAAUUGUGGUAGAAAAUCAAACCGCAUCACCGCCACCUUCUAUUCCUACGACAAAUAUGCAAAGGGUUGGAAUUAAGCCACUUUCAGGAAAGCCAUACUUCCAUGCAAUCAUUUUGAAAACACAUCUUAGUCCCCGCUUCACAUUGGGGCCGUCUAGCAAAAUAUGCUCAAAACUUCCUUCUGGUGCGGCGGUUCCUACUGUUCUAAACUAUCACGGUAAGAGCUGGGACAUGAUUUAUAAUGGACAAAAAAAAGCCAAGCAGUUUGAUACCUUUGGCUGGAGAAAAUUUGCUAAAGAUAAUUGUGUGAAGGUUGGAGACGCGUGCGUUUUUGAGCUCAUGGAAAGCAAAGAGAAAAUCAUAUUCGAAGUUCAAAUUCUUAGAGGUGACUUCCCAUGCGAGUUUCCUGGAAUUAAUGAGAGUGAAGAAGAGCCAAUUGUUUUAUCUGAAUUAAUCGGGACUGGUGAGAGUGAAGCGCCAUUUGUCAUCGACUAGUAUUCUAUUACAAAAUUUAACUUUCCUUUUUUCUAAUACUAGCUGAAGCUAACCUUUUGUGCUUGAAAACCACCUAUCUUUCUUGGAUGUUUCAAGGUUGCAAGAUACUUUUUUUUUUGUGAGUAGUGAAGAUAUGUGCAAUGCUCUGCGUCAACUUGGUAGCUAAAUGCCAGUAGAAUUUUAUCAAUGUCAGAGAAACAUAUUGUUUUAUAGUUAAUUUAGUGGUUAACUCUGAAUGCAAGUUUAUUUAUUUA